UGAUGCAAUUGAAAUGACACCAGCUGGACAAAUUUGUAAACCAUCCUAUUCUACUAUUGCAUUAUGGAUUAAAAGUUCAUGGGAAGAAAUUGAUCUGAAUUUAAUUAAAAGAUCAUUUAAAUGUUGUGAAAUUUCUGAUGAUAUUAAUGAAUUUAAUGAUCUUA